AUGAUCACUAAGCGGCAAAAAGGAGGGCGGAGAAAUCCAAGGCCGAUAGAGCCGAUAUGUACCGAAGCUUGGCGCGGGCCCGGGGAGCCAAAUACCCGGCAAACUGCACGUACGCCUCUUCCAGCAUCAUCGAGCUCUAAAUUGCCUCCGCGGCACCCAGCUGCGGACCGUGUAGAUGAGGAAGAAGAACCGGAAACUACAGAAGGGGUAUUUACGCCGCGUAAAGAUGAAGAAGCCCUGGCAGAGCAGAUGCAAACUCUCCAUGUUACCUCUGGCGACGAUGACUUUUUCCAUCGUCAACAUGAGAAACCGCCAACUUCCGCCCUUGAGCACUUUGAAGCUGCAACACGGAAGGAAGCUCAGGGAAACUUAGGAUCAAGCUUAGACCUGUACAGAAAGGCUUACAGGCUUGAUUCCAAUGUCGACCAAGAGUACAGGAAAAAACACUUUCCUCCAGUCAUGUCAGUGCCAGGCAUUAACCCUUCUGCACCGCUGGUCACCGUUCCAAAACCUGCCCAUGUUUCACAGGAAAAGCCCUGGAUUUCUACGGCGGAGCUAAUUUCCUCCUUCGCCGCAAGCCCCAUUCUCGGUGCUGGCCCAACCAUUCAGGAUGAACCACCCCUGCCUUGUCCCAUCUCCAGAGUCCCAUCUGAAGUGCUUGUAGAGAUUCUCUGGCAUGUGGCUCUUUUGGACCCUGCUGCCUUCGGGCGUCUGUCCUCUGUCUGUAAAAGAAUGGCAUACCAUUUUGCCCAUGAGCAGCACAUUUGGAGGAGGCUCUGUCAAGGGUCUGAAUUCGGGUUCGGGGCCAUGCACUAUGACUUCGCAUGUGAUGUAAGAUGGCAUCGGAUGCAUUCGUUUUUGCCGAAGUUCACUCUUUUUCCAUUCGGCCAGGCUCGUUUACAGAUCCCAGCGCCCCUUUCAUCCUGGAGUCAAGUAUUCCAGGCCUUCCCCAGGAUCCGAUUUACAGGAAUUUAUAUAAGUACUGUUAAUUACACUCGCCCUGGUGCGAAUUCCUCUUUGCAGAACAUCUCCUGGAAUACUCCAAUCCACAUCGUGACAUAUUAUCGAUAUUUGCGUUUCUACCCGGACGGUAGCGUGAUUUCGCUGCUGACAACUACUGAACCAGUCGACGUUGUUCGUUAUAUCAGUAAAGAAAACCUCGAAACCUUGCAUGUCGGGAUGCACUCACACCGUCGACACCAGCAUCACGCUUCGGAUUCUGCUCAAGCGGUGGUUCCUGUUGCGAACCCAAUUCCCCCAGUUGCCGCCACAACACUAAAAAGUUGUCUUCGUGGCCGAUGGCACCUUAACAACCCCUACCCGGCACCACCAGAAUCUGAGCAGCCCGAAGCGUCGUCGGCCAGCGCUCCACUCAUGACAUCAACAUCAACACCCGCAGCAAAUCACACCUCAUCUCCCAGCAAACUUCGUCAAGCAGCUUCCGCGCCCACUUCUACUAGUGGCAAUGAAUCACUACCAGAUCCCCGCGAUCUGUUUAUCGAAACUGAAGGCGUAGAUCCAAAAUAUACGUAUACAAUGCACCUAGCACUCCGAUCGGCUAGCGGUGGCCGGCCUGUGGGGGAGAACACGGCGUCUCCGUCCAACCCGUCGAAAAACACGAAGUUGAUGUGGAAAGGGUUUUGGAGCUAUAAUCGACUCACUGACGAUUGGGCGGAGUUUGGGUUACGGAAUGAUAGGGCUUUUGUGUUUAGGAGGGUUCGGGGAUGGGGGAUGGGAUAA